ACUUCAAUAUCUACUUAGUUAUGCAAAAUUCUGAAUUUACAAAUUCAAUUCAAAUCAAAAAUUUAAAACGUUCUCUGUUUUUAAAAUAAAUUUAAAAAUAGAAUUAUAAAUUUUAUAUAUGGUAUUCAUUGAUAAUUUUGACAGAUCAAAAAAAGCAUUAUAGGGUCGAAGAAAGUAUCAAGAACGUAAAACAACCUUUUAUUGCUUUUAGGAACAUGCAUUAAAAAAAAUCUUGAGUAUUAAAAACAAUUGACAAGUCAUCAUGCCGUUGUUUGGUUCAUCUAAAAAGUCACCACAAGAGAUUGGGAAAAACUUGUUUGAAUCUUUAACAAUCCUAAAGUCUGAAACAUCUGACAAGAAAUCAGAGAAGGCAUUUGAAGAUAUCAGCAAACAAUUGCAAGCAUGUAAAACUAUAUUGUAUGGACCUGGAGAACAAGAUCCGCAUCCUGAGUUGAUAUCGCAACUUGCUCAAGAGUUCUACAAUUAUCAUAUGUUUUCUCUUCUAGUGGCUAAUCUAUGUAAACUAGACUUUGAGUCAAAAAAAGAAGUUGUGCAGAUCUUUGGUGUCAUGCUUCGAAGGCAAAUUGGAGCGCGUUCUCCUACUGUAGAUCAUAUUGAACAAAACAAUGAAAUUUUGUUUCAGCUUCUUAAAGGAUAUGAAAAUCCGGAAAUAGCACUAAAUUCAGGUAUGAUACUUCGUGAGUGUAUACGUUAUGAGUCAUUGGCCAAAAUUAUUUUGUCAAGCGAAAAGUUUUUUGACUUAUUUAAAUAUGUGGAGGACUCUACGUUUGAUAUAGCUUCUGAUGCUUUCAGCACAUUCAAGGAACUUUUAACGAGACAUAAGUUACAGUGUUCACAAUUUCUGGAACAUGAAUAUGAUAAGGUUUUCACAAAAUACAGAGUUCUUCUCGAUUCACAAAACUACGUCACAAAGCGGCAAUCUUUAAAACUUUUAGGUGAACUAUUGCUAGAUCGACACAACUUCAUUAUAAUGACAAGAUACAUAAGUAAUCCUGAUAAUCUAAAACUUAUGAUGAACUUGUUACGAGAUAAAAGCAGAAAUAUACAGUUUGAAGCGUUUCAUGUUUUUAAAGUAUUUGUCGCAAACCCAAACAAAACACAACCUAUAUUAGAUAUCUUGUUAAAGAAUAAAGAUAAACUCGUAGAAUUUCUUUUGAAUUUUCACACUGAUAGAACAGAAGAUGAACAGUUUAACGAUGAAAAAACAUAUCUAAUAAAACAGAUAAGGGACUUGCAGUCUUCUUCUUCCGAUGGAGCAAGUGAUCAUUAGUGGUUUCAAUAUACUUUUAAAUGAGUACUACAAUUAAGCAAAUAAUAAAACUUUCUUUAAGUCUCACUGAAUCUCACUGGAGUUCACCGAAACCUUUUAUAGUUAUGUAUUUGUAAACAUCAUCUUUAUUACAAGUGUUUAAUUUUGAAACUUUUUUUUGUUAUCAAAUGUAUCGUUAUGGCUGCAUGGGUUUAACUGAUGGAAUAUUUUUAUAUGUUAAUGAUAUCUAAAUUUUUUUUUUAAAUAAAUUGUUUUGUAAUAUUAAAUAGUCUGAAAAACGAUUGGUUUUAAAAUUCAACAAUUUUUAGUAUCUAAAAUAUGAUCGGUCUAAAAAUGGCAGUUGUUAUUUGUUUGAUUUUUUUUUACUUUAAAAUUAUUUAAUUUUUUAUUAUUAUUCAGAAAAUGUUGUUCUUGUUUUCUUUUAUGAUUUUGUAACUAUUAAAUGCAAAAAUCUUGAAUACAAUUUUCUCGAAAUAA